AUGACCUCCCAAGUGGGCGGGGAUCCUCCAACCCUGGAGCAAACCGAACCAGACAGGAAUGAGUACGAUCGCCUGUUUGCAGCAGAAGAGGACUCGAUUGAUGCCCCAACAACAACACGGAGGGAACUGUGGUCUUACUACCUUUACUACAACGGUGACAACGGCGUGGGUCCUCUUUCAUACACCCAGGCACUAUUCCAAUGGUCCCUCAACGGCGCCGGCUGGCAACCAGGCACCAACCCCCGCCAGCCCUGCACCGACUCAUCCCCCUGCGUAGUCCCCUGGGCCGGGGGAACACGAAGCGUCUCCUCCGUCGUCCUGAUCGCUAACGGCCUCAGCUUCACCUUCAUGACAAUCAUGUUCGUCUGGCUGGGCAGUGCUGCAGACUACGGCUCCUUCGGGCGGUGGCUGCUUCUUGGUCUUACGGUCGUAUGCUGGGCUUUGCAGUAUGGUACCCUGGCCAUCAGGGAACCGAGCCAGUGGCCUAGUGCUAUGGGGUUGUAUAUCGUGACGUUUGUUGCCUAUGGUGCUACGCUAGUGUUUUAUGCGGCCGUGUUUCCGAAACUUGCGCGGUAUAUGCCCCAUGUUAGGAAGGCGCGAGAGGAGGAUUUGAGGGAGGGGAGGAUCGAUCAGAGGGGGUAUGAUGCUGUUGAGUCGUUGGAGAGAAAUCAUAUUUCGAAUAUAUCCACGGCACAUAGUAACAUCGGUUAUUUGGCUGUGUUGCUUCUCAACUUGAGCGUGUUGCUGCCGAUGGAGGGUAAUAAUUAUGCGAAUAACCUGGCUAUCUGCCUGACGAACUCAUAUUGGGUCGUCCUAGGUGUGUGGUGGUUCAUUUUCCAGCAAAAGCGACCAGGACCCAGAGUCCCAGAAGGCUCGAACUAUGCGACCAUAGGGUUCAAGCAGAUAUGGCUGGCAAUGAGGAAGAUCCGGUCUCUACCACAGACGUUUCUGUACUAUAUCGCCUACUUCCUCCUCGCUGACGGGCUAAAUACGACAGGGACGCUGGUGUCCAUCAUCCAGAACGACUUCAUCGAUUUCUCCUUCCUGCAACUGACCUACCUGGGCAUCUCUCAAGCCGUAUGCUCCAUCGCCUCUACCUUCGGUUUCUGGUACAUCCAGCAGCACUUCAAAGUUCCCACAAAGCGCAUGUUCCUGUUCACCAACUUCUUUACCGUACUCAUACCCUUCUGGGGGAUGUUGGGGCUUUGGACGCAUCGCAUUGGGUACCACAACCGGUGGGAGUUUUACUUCUACAACAUCAUAUUUGGGCUCUUUCAGGCUCCGUACUACGCCUACGCCCAAACAAUGAUUAGCGAGCUCAUGCCGCCGGGAUACGACAAUAUGUUCUUUGCUCUCUUCGGAAUCACGAACCGUGCUUCAUCGAUAAUCGGCCCGAAUGUCAUCCAAGCAAUCAUCAACGACACCCAGAACAAUUGGAUGGGAUUCCCGUUUCUUUUCGCUAUUUGUGUUGCUGCGAUGAUAGCUAUUGCCUUUAUUGAUGUUGAGAAAGGCCGUGAGGAUGGAAGGAAGUUCGUCGAGGCUCAUAGGCGCAAAAGGACUACCGGACAAGUCGCGCCUGAGGCACCAGAGUCUAGGGCUCCAGGAAAGGGAACUUCUGUUGAGGCUUCUGAGAGAGUUGACUCAAACGACAAUUCUUCCGAGGAUGCGUGA